UGCUGAAUUAGGAUUUUUUUUCCUCCACAUACGUUGUUGCCGCAGAUUAGCGGCCUAGCUAUAAAUAUAAUUUUAAUUAACUUAGUAUUGAUAUAGAUCUAGAUCUAGAUUAUAGAUCUAGUAUAGAAAGGUCUAGAAGUUUACUUGUAUUCUUAUUGCCAACCAACAUGUUUUCUCAUUUUGAAGAAGAGACGAUAUUCAAUGCUGUUCUUUUAUUCACUUGGUUAACGUUUGUUUGGGAGACGUACCUUUCGUUACGUCAGCGUCAUGUUGCACUGACAAGUAAAACUGUGCCAGAUAAACUGGUGGGUGUGAUGGAACAAGAAACAUUUGAAAAGGCUCGUGCAUACCAUCUAGAUAAAAGCACCUUUGGAUUGAUACACAGUGUAUAUGGACAAAUUGAGUCUACGUUAAUCUUGUGUUUUGGUGGUUUCCCAGCAUGUUGGAAUUUGUCUGCAUUUUUUUUAACACGUCUCAACUUUCCACAAGGCGAGAUCAUCCAAUCACUGGUCUUCCUGGUUCUGGCCAUGAUCUUUUCUUCAGUAACGUCAUUGCCGUGGUCCUUGUACAGCACGUUUGUCAUAGAGGAAAGACAUGGUUUUAACAAGCAGACCUUGGGCUUUUUUUUUAAAGAUACAGCAAAACAGUUUGUAGUGACCAUAGCAAUAGCCUUGCCAGUGACUGCUGCUUUGAUACUGAUCAUACAGGCUGGAGGGACCUACUUCUUUAUCUAUGCUUGGCUCUUCACACUUGUUGUUUCACUGGUCAUGAUCACAGUUUAUGCUGAUUACAUUGCCCCGCUGUUUGACAAGUUUACCCCACUUCCUGAUGGUGAACUACGCACACGUAUUGAAGAAUUGGCACAGAGCAUCAAUUUUCCUCUAAAAAAACUCUUUGUUGUUGAAGGUUCCAAACGAUCUUCUCAUAGUAAUGCAUACUUUUAUGGGUUUUUUAACAACAAAAGAAUUGUUCUGUUUGACACACUACUUGAAGACUAUACACCUGAUAACAAGCAAAUUCAAGAAGAAAAUCAGACAGGAGAGAAUACGAGUACAGAAACCCAGGAAGGAGAGGUCAAGAAGGAAGUAGAAGAAAAAGGGAAAGAUGAGGAAGUUACAGGUGAAAAAAGCAAGAAAAAAACCAAGAAAGGCUGCAACAAUGACGAGGUCCUGGCAGUUUUGUCUCAUGAGCUGGGCCACUGGUAUCUGAACCAUGUUCUCAAGCAGCUUGUCUUGUCUCAGGUUAACCUGUUGUUGUGUUUGAUGGUGUUUGCUGUUCUCAUGAAAGAAACUGUUCUCUACUCCGCCUUUGGUUUUGAUACACAGCCUACUCUCAUAGGCCUCAUCAUUAUAUUCCAGUUUAUUUUUGCUCCGUACAAUGAGAUAUUGUCUUUCAUAGUCACCCACAUAACAAGGAAGUUUGAGUUUCAAGCUGAUGCCUUUGCCCGCAAGAUGAAGCAGGCUGAGUUGCUGCGGUCAGCCCUGAUUAAACUCAAUGAAGACAACUUGAGCUUCCCCCUCAGUGACUGGCUGUACUCUGCCUGGCAUUUCUCACACCCUCCCCUCCUGGAUCGACUGAAAGCCUUAGAGGAACCUCAGUCCAGAGACAAGAAGACUCAGUGAUUGGUCCGUGUUAAUAUUGGUUCAUGUAUCCCUUGUGUUCCAGUGUAAGUGUAGCUAGUAUUGAGUUAUCAAAAUACUUUUUGCUUAUUUAAUUUAAAAUUUUUUUUAUUGUGGGUUAAUAUUUUUGUACAUCUUUAAAAUGAUAAAUCACACAAUGGUACUUUUUUUUCUAAAGUAACGUGAUGAUUUAAGCCAUUUUCAGUUUUGUUGACAACAGUUUCCUCAUAGCAUGUUUGAUGGAGUGAUUCUCAUUUUGUUCUAUUCCUUCAACAGAGAACAUGUUUUUUAGCAGUGAUGAACAUGUUUUCUUGUUCUAUUCCACCAGUUUAAACUGGUUAUCAGUUGAAGCAACAAAAUUAUGUUGGACCAUUUGCUUAAGGGUAACAAAUAAUGUGUUGUGGCAAGAAAAUAUUGUAUGGUAUCAGCCUUAAAAGUUUACUGGAUCAAACUGCUUAAACUUUCAAACAUUUUUCUAUUUACCUCUAAUACUGUUUUUUAUUUUUUUAAUUGAUCUAGCUGCUAGUAAUGUGAUUAUAGAAACUUUAUUAACACUUGAUCUGGAACCAAAAACUAAAAUUUUUUUGGGUCGGUUUUUUUUAAAAUAUUUUCUUUGCAUUUUUUAAGUUGCUUGUUUGUAAACAUGGAAUAAAUGCAGCUUAUAAAGAUAUAGAAAACAAUAUUUGGCAAGUUGUAACAAUUUUUGUGUGGCAAGUUUUGAACUAAUUAAUAUAUCAAAUUUUGAUUUAGCUUUUAGUUAAUAUUUUAAAACCAUUUAAUUAACACAGGUAAAAGUCAGUUUUACCCAUGUCAAGUAUCUUAUGUUGGUCUAGUUAUUUUUAUUAAUUUCAUGACUUUUGUUUAUAAAUAUAAAAUGAUAUGUUGAUGCAGAUGAUUGUUCCAAUAAAAAUUCAAUACACAAAAC